CUCUUAUCAUUAACCCAAAAAACACACACAAACUCUUCUCUUUCUUUUUGGGUUCUGUUUCUUAUCCUCCAAAAUGGGUUUCAACUCAGUUUCUUAUUAGUUUCACUUCAUUAGUUUCUAUAGAUAUAUAGCUCAUCAGCUUAAUAUUGGUUCUAGUUAUUUAAAAACAAGGUUGGAGAAUUAAUAAUGGAGAAAUCAAAUGUUGUAGUAAAUGGAGGGAUGAGAUUGCCUGUUGGGUAUAGGUUUCAUCCGACAGAUGAAGAGCUUGUUGUUCAUUACUUGACACGUAAAGUCUUUGGUCUUCCAUUGCCUGCUUCUGUUAUCCCUGACCUUGAUGUUUUUCAGACUCAUCCAUCGAACUUCCCAGGUAAUUUGAAGGAAAAAAGGUAUUUCUUUAGCAGAAAAAUGGGAAAUGAGAGUGAAAACAGAUGCAAAAGAGGUUCUGGUUCAGGUUAUUGGAAACCUAAAGGCAGAGGGAGGCCAAUUAUAUCUUCUUUUGGAAAUCAUAUUGUUGGAAUCAGAAAAACCCUAAUUUUCUGUGAAGGAAAACGCUCCGAUGAGUCGAAAACUCGAUGGAUUAUGCAUCAGUAUCACCUUGUUGGAACAAUCUUCUCCACACCACAGGUGCCUAAGAUGAGACUAGGAGAUUGGUUAGUGUACCGCAUAUUUCAGAAGAAAAAUAGACCUAAAAAACAAGGGUUUAUUAAAAGUUCAAAGUCUUCGAGCACCGGUGAGGUGAUUAUGAAUUCUAGUUUCAUGGAGGUUGCAAUGGAAGAUCAAAUAUCAGAAAUUCAAGCUUCUAAUUCUUCACCAUGUUCUAGUGGAAUCACUGAGGUCUCUAAUUCUAUUAAUAAUAAUGGGUUAGAUCAAGAAGAAAUUAGCUCCUCCAUUAGCUUUUCUUUUUAAAUUGUAACACCAAUAGUACUUAGAAACACCUUCAAUUUCUUGUAAGGAAAAAAAAUUAUAUUUUAUAUAAUAAUAUUAAGGCUACUUUGCAUCUA